CUUUUUGUCAAUCCCAGCCGACAGUGUUUGUCUUAAAUUUAAUCAAUUUAAAAAAAUAUUUUGAAACUUCAGUAACUAGUAACAAAGGCAAAAUUUAGAAGACUAUAUAGAGCAAUCGGUGUAUAAAAUUUAACUCGCGUUCCUCUCUCAAUUCGAUAUGGAGGGAGACAACGUAGUUGUCGAUAUUCCGAUCUGUUCAAGUGUAUUAUCCACAGACAUGAACACGGCAAGCACUGACAAAACAGAUGAACUGACCAGGAAAUGCCCACUGUGCCAAUCAGAUAUAAGAUUGUUCUUCAUAAACUACAAUGAGAAAUUUCUCAUGUGCGAAAACACUGAAUGUGAGUUCCCUUUUGGGUAUGAGGAGCUGCAGUUUGUCACUAUUGACAGUGACAUCUCUAUGGCUGAUGUGUGCAGUGUACGCAGCGGGGUAAGUCUGCCCUCACCGCGGUAUACUGCCUCUAGCGUUUCCCAGUCUGGACUGUCUGAAAUGGAACGAAUUAACCAAAUGUAUGAAUCAGGUGAGGACAACGAGAUUAACGAAGAACAAGAAAUACAUAAAAAGGAACUAAAGAAAGCAAAUAAAGAAAAGUAUUUGAAGAAGAAACUAAAAAAAGAAAGUGAUGAAAAAAUUAGGAAGCACCUUGAGGACAUUGACAAUUUGCAUAAGGAGCUGCUCUCACACACAUCUCCACAGAGUGAUGUUGGUCAGAUUAGGAAUCAAAAGUGGAUUAGGAAGUUGAAAAGUCUCCAGGAGGCGAGUGGUGUGGAUGACUUGGUGAAACCAGAGGAGAUGCAGCUACUGAAGAAAGAAGAGCCAGUACUGGGUCUGGGGGAGCUCAAGAUCGACAUUGAUCCUGGGGACAGCUCCAGCAUGUCCACCAUUAAGAUUGCUAUACAACAUGCUGACACUGAGGAAAACAUAAAAUAAAUUUUGAAUAUCAAAGUAACUUUAGUACCGACAGUGUACCCAGGUUUAUUAUAAAUUGGUAAGACAUUUAAGAACAUUGGUUUAAAAAAACAAUGUCCACCUCCGCCUUUUAUUUAAUAGCUUGAGCUUUUUGUUUCUGAUAUGUACCUUAGUUUAUUUAAUUUUUUAAAUUGUUAAAUAUUCUGACAAGUUAGUUAUUAUGAAACAUUUCAAGAAGCUGACUUUUUAUUUGUGAUACUAGAAUAGAAUAUUAAUUAAAUAUAUUUGCCCUAUUUGUUAUAUUGUUUUUCUUAUAAAGCUUAGGAAUAUGUUUACUUUUAGAAGUUUAUGGAUUUGCCAGUGAGUCAUGUAUCAUUUUAAAUUGGUUCUGAAAAUGUAUUGUGAAAUUAUUUAUUGAAUGGAUAAAUUAAAAAUAACAGUAUGGAAACAAAACAAACAAAUACGUCUUUUUGUGUUUAUUGUGUAUCCCAC